GCCACGCCCAUCGAAGCGGGGCCGAGGCCGGAAGCAGCCCCGGGCGGAAGCCCUACCGUGCCAACUGGGCCCUCCUCCCGACCUGCCCCGGGCUCGUGCCCCGCCCACCCGAAAGUGGGUGAAAGGUCGGCGGCGCCGGCACUGCAGCUGGGGCUGAGAAGCCAGGACGGCCCGAGAACUGACAGACGGAGUGACAGACGGACUGACCAUGGCCGACCAGCCAAAACCCAUCAGCCCGCUCAAGAACCUGCUGGCCGGCGGCUUUGGCGGCGUGUGCCUGGUGUUCGUCGGUCACCCUCUGGACACGGUCAAGGUCCGACUGCAGACACAGCCACCGAGUUUGCCUGGACAGCCUCCCGUGUACUCUGGGACCUUUGACUGUUUCCGGAAGACUCUUUUUAGAGAGGGCAUCACGGGGCUAUAUCGGGGAAUGGCUGCCCCUAUCAUCGGGGUCACUCCCAUGUUUGCCGUGUGCUUCUUUGGGUUUGGUUUGGGGAAGAAACUACAACAGAAACACCCAGAAGAUGUGCUCAGCUAUCCCCAGCUUUUUGCAGCUGGGAUGUUAUCUGGCAUAUUCACCACAGGAAUCAUGACUCCUGGAGAACGGAUCAAGUGCUUAUUACAGAUUCAGGCUUCUUCAGGAGAAAGCAAGUACACUGGUACCUUGGACUGUGCAAAGAAGCUGUACCAGGAGUUUGGGAUCCGAGGCAUCUACAAAGGGACUGUGCUUACCCUUAUGCGAGAUGUCCCAGCUAGUGGAAUGUAUUUCAUGACAUAUGAAUGGCUGAAAAAUAUCUUCACUCCGGAGGGAAAGAGGGUCAGUGAGCUCAGUGCCCCUCGGAUCUUGGUGGCUGGGGGCAUUGCAGGGAUCUUCAACUGGGCUGUGGCAAUCCCCCCAGAUGUGCUCAAGUCUCGAUUCCAGACUGCACCUCCUGGGAAAUAUCCUAAUGGUUUCAGAGAUGUGCUGAGGGAGCUGAUCCGGGAUGAAGGAGUCACAUCCUUGUACAAAGGGUUCAAUGCAGUGAUGAUCCGAGCCUUCCCAGCCAAUGCGGCCUGUUUCCUUGGCUUUGAAGUUGCCAUGAAGUUCCUUAAUUGGGCCACCCCCAACUUGUGAGGCUGAAGGCUGCUCAAGUUCACUUCUGGAUGCUGGAAGCUGUCGCUGAGGAGGAGUAGUAGGCAGAACUAAGCAGUCUUGGAGGACAAGGGGAGGGGAAUGGUGAGAUCCGAGCCCUGUGCAUGGACUUGGUGAGACUGUUGCCUUAAUGACAUCCUGCACCUUGUAUAACUUAGUGUGUCAUUUUGAAACUUGAAUUCAUUCUUAUCAAUUUUAAGGGAUCUUAAAAGGAUUUGGAAAUGGAACAAGUAGCUUCCAGACCAGAUACUACCUGUGGCAAGAAUGCUGCCUACCAGUUAACUGCUGGUCCUACCACAGUCAAAGUAUUCCUCAUUAAAGAGAGAAUCUCAGGUUCUCACUGGAGGCACUGUGCAUAUUUUCAACCAGAUCACCAGGAGCUGAGAUCUUCUUCAGUCCCUAGCCAGGAAUACCCAUUUGAUUUCCAGGGUGCCAUCUAAUCCUGGGCUGUACAUGUGGAUAUGGACUUGAGGCCCACCUCUGUGUCCAAGUGGAUUGAGCAUAUAUGCCUAGGAGGAGAUAGACUGUUAAUCGUUAGAUUUUGAUUUUUUUUUUUUUUUACGCGUGCAAGUAAUCAAAAGUAAAACUGGAGUAGCCUAAUUUUCUGGGAGCAGGUGGAGAACUUUCCCUCCUACACAGUGAGGACAGUCCCAGUCUGCUGGGAUAAGUGAGAAAGCCCAGGGUGUAGGAAGGCCCUUUUUACAUACUCUUUUCUUAUGAGAGCUCACCAUUUUAACAAUAAACAAUAAACGUUGUUUCUAAUUUUUG